ACGUAAACAGGAAAACAGUCGGCAAACAAAAGUCGAACGGCGAGGAAGUACAGAAAAAUGCUGUUGAAAUCAAUAUUUGUGACAAUAUUGGCCAUUAUUUUGGUCUGCUGGCUGGGACACGUCACCUGCCAGGCUGACGCAGAAACAAUCGAAUUUGAAAUUGGACAAGCUGGCAAUGAUGAGCCUUCGAAAAAUGAGUUUCCAGUGUGGGAUGAUGCCCAAGGAGAAUGGACCGGCGUUGGGGAUAAUUUUAGCUAAGACUUAAACUUUGUUUAAGCAUUUUAAUGGGUUUAAAAAAUUAAUAAAAUUUAUUUGAAAACUA